UCAACUUGACAUUUAGAUCUAAAACCAAAAUUCAUCUGUCAAAAAAGUAAAACCAAAACAGAAAAUCUAACCUAAAAUAAGUGUCUAUGUAUUUUACUUUUGCAUAAAAACUUAAAAUGAAGUAAAAAUACCUAUUAAAAUUUUGUCAGACUAUCUUGCAUAUCUCACAAACACAAUGUUUAGAUACCGAUUAUUUACUUUUUUGAAAACUGCUUGCGAAGUUUCCCGUAGAACUAUCGACCCGAAAAUUCGAAAUUUUACUCCAGUGACUUUGGGACUCUUAACUACAGCUUACUGUAACGACAAACAAAAUGAAUUGCUAGUUAUGUGGGAUGCAGAUAAUCUGGAACAUGACUUUUUAAUUCGCCAAGCUACGACUAUCAAUGUAAAUGCAGCUACGCAACUUCUUACUGUUACAUUAGUCGCUAUCCAAGACACAAGUGAAAGACUGCGCGAGGCCCUGACACGGGAGAUCUGUUUGGUGAAACAAGCCCUAGAGUGGGGUGAAGAGGGCACUCCACCUCAUCAUUGGGACCAACUAGUGGCUGUCCGAGGUUCACUGUGCGAUUUGAGGCACAAUCUCCACACUUUGUUUAGUUAUAUGGAUUAUGCAGAAAAAUUAGCAACAGUGGCUGCAGAGAUAUCAUAUUUAUCAGGAAACAUUGUCGCUUCAGAUGCCAUUUGUGAAAGAAUAGACCAUGCAUGCAGGUCGUGCAACAUGCAGAAACAGCUGACGCAUGAACUGCAGCAGGAGAGUCUGGAACUGCAGCAACAAGCCAUCCUCAGUGCCCCUCAGCUGGAGGACAAGUUGAAACAUGAAGUUACAACUGGGAAAAGCAAAUUAAAGACUUAAUUUUAAAGUUAGAUAGUUUUAAAAUUUAUUUAUGUUAAGUUCAAGAUAAGGCUAAAUAUAAAUUCUAAUGUGGUAACAAUUUGCAGCCAUGUUUUCAUUUACUUAAAGUUUAGUAUUUGUGUAAUGUACAAAUUAUAGAAGAAAAUUAAGUUCUAAACGUGAUUUGCUAUUUAAAUUGUAGUAGAACUUAUUUAUUGCAUAAGUAAUAAAAUUACUACAUAGCAAACCUACUAGUAAAAUUUUCAAUAUAUUAUUAAAUAAAAGUGCUAAAAAUUAAACUUAUAAAGUGA